CUUUCUUCUUUUUUCUAUACUGGAAAAAAAAAAUAGAUGCGAUAUCCUUUUCUCAAAUUCUUACUAUUAGUUACCCUAUUGUCGUUUGUUGUGGCUCAGGAUGUCCAACCUAGUGACCCUCAAGCUAGCCCUACAGAUUCUUCAAAUCAACCUCCUCCAGCACAAUCAUCAUCACCACUAGAUCCAACAUCAUCUACUGAUCCUAACCAAUCAAAUACCCCAACUCCUACCAAUAAUGGAAACACCGAUUCACUGGCACCAACAGCAUCUGCGAGUGAUGUAGCGACUCCCUCUUCUACUCCCCAGACGGUUGACCCUAACGUUUGCACAGCACUAAAACAAUGGUUUGAUUCAACAAAUGGAAAUUCUUGGAUUGUACGCAACGGAUGGGAUUCUACAGAUAUGACAUCAUGUUGUUCCUGGUAUAAUGUACGAUGUAGCUCCAUUGGCCAGGUUAUCGAAGUUGAUCUCUCCGGCAAUAAUCUAGUGGGACAAUUACCUGAUAAUUUCGGUACCUUUCCUAAUCUUAUAAACGUUGAUUUCAGUUAUAAUAAUCUGACAGGACCUAUUCCUUCUACCAUCGGAUCUGCACCAAAUUUAAAAGUCAUCAACUUUGAUGUAAAUCAAUUAUCAGGCACUCUUCCUCCUUCUAUCGGUGGAUUAGUAAAUUUGACAUAUAUUCAUUUCAAAAAUAAUACAAUUACAGGAGGUAUUCCCAAUACAUGGUCGGGUUUACAAAAACUUUUAGGAUUGUAUGCCAGUAAUAACCAAUUGAAUGGACCUUUCCCUGACGUUGUGACCAGUAUGAUCUCUUUGCAAGCACUAUAUAUUGAUAAUAAUCAAUUCAAUGGACUCCUUCCUAUGAGUUUGGGUAAUAUGAGAGCUUUGACCACCUUAAAUGCCAAGGGAAAUCAUUUGCUAGGUACCAUUCCUGAUGUUUUUGGUAAUCUUACCAGUUUGAACUCCCUAUACCUUUCAGGACAGACGUUCAACGGAUCUAUUCCUGAAUCCAUCUAUAGCCUUACCAAUCUUGUGUAUCUUGAUUUAUCAAACAACCGAUUAAAAGGUAUUAUUUCUCCUGGAGUGGGUAAUUUAACCAAGAUUCAAACAUUGAUGUUAAGUCGUAAUGCGUUGAAUGGUCCUAUUCCAGCUGAAAUUGGCAAAUUAACACAAUUACAAUAUCUUGCAUUGAAUUAUAACGCAUUGAAUGGUCAGUUCCCUUCUGAUAUUGCACCCCCAGCUCUUGGUUAUUGCUAUGCUUCGCCUAACCAAUUCCAAAUAUGCCCUGAUCCAUCAAUUGCUAAUGACCCUAAUACCAUGGCCUUCCAAUGUUCUAUUGAUUGUUUAGUCAAUAGUAAAAAGAAAAGCGCUGCAUCUUUGACAAUGACAACCUUUUCCACCUUUUUGCCAAUAGUUAUCAUAGUUACCAUGACUACUAUACUCUAACCCCCCCCUCCCCACUUCAAAAAGAGAUAUUGAUUUUUAGUUAUAUUUUUUUAGAAAGAGAAUGGGCAAUAAUAUCAAUUUACUCAUUUUUCUCACUCACACCCCCAAUCUCUCAAAUCUAGCUCAUUAAACUUGAAAAUAAAAAAAAAUAAGAUUAUCCUUUAUA